AUGGCGGGCGCGGCGUCCCGCCGGCAGCGCAAUCUCGUGGUGGCGGCCGCUCUGGGGAUGUUCACUCUCGGCACGCUCUCGCUGCCGCUGCUGCUGCGCCCUUCGCGGAGUGGUCCGUGUUUACACGUUCUUCGUUUCCCUCCGCUCCCUUUUCCUCCCCUCUCCCCCUCUACUCCCCUCCCUUUCCCCCCGCUCUACUCCCCUCGCUUCUUCUCCCAUCCACUCCCCUCACUUCCCCUCCCCUCCUCUCUUGCCUCUUGGCUCCUCAGCCGCUUCCAAUCGCAUCUGCUGGCAGGGAGGGAGGGGGCGCUGAGGCCGCAAGCAGGAUAUUGA